AUGGUAGCCGGUGACCAACGAUUGGUUCAUACUCCAUUUGUUCCUUCAGGACACUGGAGCCCAUGUGCACCAUUGUUUUGGAAUCCGGUUAAAGUGUCGGACAUUGGCUUUUCGUCCUCUCAUUUUCGUAAACAACACCCCUAUUUUAUGGAUUACUUUUGUUUCCUCCUAAUCAGUUACCAGUAUUUCGUAACUAUGUUGCCUACACAAGAGGUGAAUACACUAACAGAGAUGUUAAUAUCUGGAUAUCGUCUAGAUGGCAGGUCAAUAAAUGAAUAUCGUGAAAUCAGCUUUCGCUUCCCUCAGGGAAAAGAUCCUAAUGUUUCCGGCUGUUGUGUUGUCAAAAUAGGCGCUACAACUGUAAUGGCACAAGUUUCAGUUGAAGUAAUUGAGCCUAAACAUUUUCGCCCUUCUCAAGGAAUGUUGUUUGUACACUUCGAUGCUAGUAUUUUAAAGUUAUGUAAAACUCUAUAUCGUAAACAAAAACGUGAUGAUGAAGGUCGUCGUCUAUCAGCUGUUCUUCAAACGUUACUUCGAGACAGUAUUGACUUGGAUGCUCUGUGUAUAGUUGCUUGGGAACGUGUAUUUGCUGUACGAGUUGAAUUACGUGCUUUAUCUUAUGAUGGAAAUUUAGGAGAUUGUGGUGCAUUGGCAGCUGUCGCCGCUCUGGCAGCUUUUCGUCGACCAGAUGUUUACGUUGAUGAUACGGGUAAAGUACUAGUCGAUUUUGAGGCUAAAUUUCGACCUAGAGUACCUUUAGGUAUUCGUCGUACUCCAGUACUUGUUACACUUGGUCUAACUGCAGAUGCUAAAGUAAUUCUAGUUGAUCCUACCGCUCGUGAAGAACUUAUACUUACUGGUGGACGUGUAUUGCUUGGUUUGACGAAUACCUCUGAAAUAUGCUGCCUAUAUACUACUGGAUUAUCUGUGCCUAUUCAAUGUUCAUCACUUUCAAGGUGUAUUCGUUUAGCUAAUUCUAAAGCGAAAAGUCUUGUUUCAUUAAUUCAUUGGGUAUUAGAAGGUUUAUCUGUUCAAAGAGAAGCAAAUUUAACCGCUGCACAUGCUAGAUCUAGUGAACUGAAUGAAAGUCUAAUCAUAGCAUCCAAUGCUCCAUUAGUUUUAUCUACUGCAACAUUUUUACUUGAUAAAACUAAUCAAAUUGAUCAUGAAACUGGUUCAUAUAGAGAAGAAGGUGAAAUUCUACCAAUCGAUCAUGAUUCAUAUUCAGAUUUAGAUCAUGAUGAUAUGGAUAUUGUGAGUUCUGAUGAAGGAGAAGAACAUGAUGGGAAAAAUACUUCAGUAAAAUCACAUAGUAAACAAAAGAAUGAAACAAAACUUUUACCUUAUGGUGUCAUUGAAGUAUCUAGUAGUAGUAAUAAUCAUAAUGAUAAUGAUAAUCAAAUCUCAGGAACAAUAUUACCUAAUUCAUCAGAAAAUGAUUUUGAUGAAUUCGAUUCUUCAAUCCAUAUGUUUCAUGCUAAUUCUCUUAUCUUGGAUACAUCUAAUCAAACAUUUUCUGAAGUGUUUAAACAAAAUGAUCAUACAAUAGAAUCUGUAUAUGAAACACAUAUUGUUGUUGUUGAUGAUGAUGAUGAUGAAGAAGAUGAUGUUACUAUUUUAAAUUUAGUAUAGAAAAACAAAACUAUGUAUGUAUGUAAAUGAUUAUACUUUUCUGUACAGUUCUUUGUUUAAAAAGAAAAUGAAAUAAAUUGGCUUAUUCAAUAAUUAUGUAUGUAGAUAUGAACAUUCUAGUUACUUUUAGUUCAUUUUGUCAUUGCUCUAUGUUUAAAAGUGAUUACGAGUUCAUCUAGUCUAUGAACGGAACAAAGACUCGAUGACCAAAGACCAAUAAACUAGCUAUUCUGAUGCGUCCCAGACCCUCUAACUUAAAGAGAAAAGUCGAAGUUCGAAAUGGGGAAAUAUAUUCCGCAAGUAGCCAGAAGUACUAGCAAAUAACAGUAGGCACAAAUCAAACGUAUAUAUAUAUAUAAAGCAUAAAAUUGUCCUUGGGAAAUGUUACAAAAUAGCCUAGUAAAAGAUAUCAAUAGUGUUUAAGAUUCUUCCAAGUGGAAAAUAUGACAUGUAGGUGAAAAUGAGCGCUUUUGGCGCGAAAACAAGAAGUAAAG